GAUUUCGUAUAAAAACAAAACGAUGAGUUGGCCAGAGACAUUAGUUACCUUCUUCUCAACGAUCAACUAACCAAUUCAAAAUGAUGAAGUUCAUGUGCAUUUGCAUUUGCGCCAUCGCUGCUGCUUCGGCGAGUCCUUAUGGCGGAAACCGCGGAGGAUACGGUGGCGCCCCGGUGGGCGGCUACGCCUACCAGGUGCAGCCUGCUUUGACCGUUAAGGCCAUCAUCCCCUCGUACGGAGGCGGCUAUGGCGGAAACCAAGGAGGAUAUGGCGGUAGCUACGAGUCGGCUCCUCUUGCCUCGGCUUACAGCGGCGCCAAUGUUGGAUCUGGCUACUCCGGCUCUGGAUAUGGUGGUGCUCCUCCAGUCGAUCGUCAGGCUAUUGCCCUGGCCAAGCUCGCUCUUGCUGCUCCCUCUGCCGGACAGCCGCUACUCUGGAAGGAGGCUCCUCGCUACGUCCAGCGCGAGUACGCUCCCAGCGUGUACAACCACAAGCAAGAGUACGGACACGGUGAUGAGGCCCAGGGUGCCUCCGCCGCUGCCGCCUCCAGCUCUGUGGCUGCCGGCAAGAAGGGCUACAAGAAGCACGGCUACUAAUCCGUAAAUCCUCUGAAACCAAGAACAGUGACUCAUUUUAAAACUAAGGAACUAGGCCAUAAAUAAAAGCCACGACAAUUCGAGACUUAAA